AUGGAUAAUGUCUCUGUGAUAACAAUAUUCUAUCUUUCAGGUUUAAGUGAAUCAAUGAACAACAGGUAUAUUCUCUUCUUUCUCAGUUUAUUGUGUUACUGUCUCAUUUUGCUGGCGAAUAUAACUCUUAUUGUGACCAUCAUGUUGGAUAAAAACCUCCAUGAACCAAUGUAUAUUCUGCUGUGUGCAUUUUGCAUGAAUGGACUUUAUGGAACAACAGGUUUCUUCCCCAAGUUUCUGUGGGAUCUGCUCUUUCCUGCACAUGUCAUCUCUUAUUCUGGAUGUCUUCUUCAGGUUCAAGUACUGUACUCGUUUGGAGGCAGUGAUGUCUCCAUUCUUGCAGUAAUGGCCUAUGACAGAUAUGUGGCUAUAUGUCGACCACUGCAGUAUCACUCUAUCAUGUCAAAGCAAAGACUCAUAAAGUUAGUGUGUUACUGCUGGUUUACACCUUUCUGCCUUAUAGGUGUGAAUAUUUGUCUAACAUCAAGACUGAAGUUAUGCAGCCCGUAUAUUGCCAGACUGUUCUGUGUGAAUUGGCUCAUUGUUGCACUUGCUUGUUUCCCAGAUGAAACUAUGGUUAACAACAUAGUUGCAUAUAUUACAUUACUCUUUUAUGUAUUUCAUGGUGUAUUUAUAGUUUGGUCGUACAUUUAUAUCAUUAGAACAUGUGUAAAUUCUAUAGAAAACAGGGCAAAGUUCAUGCAAACAUGUGUACCACAUUUAUUCUCUUUGAUCACUGUUCUUUUCACUUUUCUUUUUGAUAUCAUGAAUAUACGAUUUGAGUUGAAAAACUUACCUCAACCCUUUAAAAACUUUAUUGCAAUAGAAUUCCUUGUCAUACCUCCACUCAUGAAUCCUCUCAUUUAUGGUUUCAAAUUGACCAAAAUUCGGAAGAGACUAGUGAUGCUGUUUUUUACCAAGGACCUCAUAAUAACGACUCUCUACAGUUUGCUGAUGGUCAACCCCAGCAGAUUCAGCGGACUGAUUCAGAUGGCGGGCUCAGUCCUGAGGGUGAAGCUGGACCCUCUGCAUGUCGUCACUGAGAGGAGGAAGUUGUCAAAUCUCUUCUUCAUCAUGGCCCACCCUCAAAGUAAUGUUCUGGUGAGCCAGAUGAGCAAGAGGCCCGGAAAGACUAAGUGCUCCUCGGGACGCUAA